UAAGCCUUGAGUUGAACCAGCAGAUGGCCAGCUAUGCCAGCCCCUCCCUUGAGAAGAGUUUCCUGUAUAAGGCGCUAGGAACGUCCUUAGCAGUUUGCCAGGACCUGGUCCAUAUUAAAUCCCAGCUUCAUCAAUUUUUGACAGCAACAGAUUAUAUGGAAGCCCCUGAGAGACAGGGAGUCAUUUCCAUCCUCGCACUCUCUGCUGAGAGCCACUUGGACCUCACCCUGAACGCACUUCAGGAGUUUGGGGCUACAGUGAGCAAGGUGAAGAUUUCUGGGUUCAUCAGCCGCCUGAAGGACUACCACCAUGGGAGAAGAGGCCAGAUUCACAGCACCCUGAUGCUGACCUACAGCAGCGUGGCUGUCCAUGCUCCAAAAGAACAGCUUCUCUCCCGAGUAGAGGCAGACAUCACAAAGAACAUCCUUCUCCAUUACAGAGCCAGUUGUCAGGUGCUGGGCAUCACUGUUGCGAACAAGGACAUGAACCUAAAAUUAACCCUCAUCCAGAAUGUCAUGGAGAUUAGCUGUGCCAUCUUGGAGACCAGAGACUCCCAAGAGUUCGAAUUCUCAUACAAACUGGAGCUCCUUGGCUACAUGUUGGACUUCAUUAAAAUGGAACCACUGGAUUCCCUGACAUCUCCAGUUCGCUACCAGGGCUGGAUUGGGACCAGGUUCUUAUAG